CAGCUGUUUUGAUUGGUUACACAGGGCACAUUGCCGACAAUACACCAAUCAUAUCUGUUGAACAGCAAGCAUAGCUUCUCGUAUAGUGGUAGAAAGGUAGCGUGGGUCUCUAUACAUUGGAAAAGUAAGCUAGGGUGGUGAUUUGACAUACUGUAAAUCAAAAUGGGAAGAAAAGAUGGAAAACCAAGGGGACGCAUGUCUUCUUAUGCUUUUUUCGUACAGACAUGCCGUGAAGAGCACAAGAAAAAGUGUCCAGAUGAAAAUGUUGUAUUUGCCGAGUUUACCAAAAAGUGUGCACAGAAAUGGAAGGAAAUGAGUGCAAAGGAAAAGCGUAGAUUUGAGGAAAUGGCUGAGAGGGACAAAUCCAGAUAUGAGAAAGAGAUGGCAAGUUAUGAUCCCCCCGCAGGUGCCGCAGCUGGCAAGAAGAGGAAGCGAUCGAAGGACCCAAAUGCACCAAAGAGGGCUUUGUCGGCCUUCUUCUUCUUCUGUGCUGAUGAACGUCCAGAUGUUAGAGCUGCCCAUCCCGAGUGGUCUGUAGCAGAGGUUGCUAAGGAGCUCGGAAAACGCUGGGAAAAAAUGACCAACAGAUCCAAGUUUGAGGCCCAGGCAGAGGCAGACAAGAAGCGAUAUGCAAGGGAAAUGGAGGUCUACAGAUCUGGAGGAACCGUUCCAUCCAAGUCCAGCUCUCCCGCCAAAAAAGCCAAGGCCCCGCCGAAGGAGAGCGAUGAAGAAGACGACGAUGAUGAAGACGAUGAUGAUGAAGAUGACGACGAGUAAAGACCAAGGAAAGAUAACUGUCUUUUAUCUGGCAAACACCAUUGUCUCAUUUUGGAACAAAUGACUGAAGCCUUUUACUUGUAUAUAGACCUAAGUCUUUUAAGAAAAGUGCAUUGGUUUCCAAUUUUUUUUUCUCAUUAUUUUGUUAGACAUUUCUGUAUCCUGUGCUACAACACAGAUAUUCUGUGUUCGACUAAUGCUGAAGUUACUCUAACAUUACAGAAAUGAGAUUUCAACCAUAUACACAUACUGUGAGCGCCAAUUUGGGCGAACAGGUUUAUCAUGACAUUAGUUCUUGAAAAAUCAAAAAAAAAAAUAGUGAUGAUCCAUCAAAACUUAUUGUUGUUGUUUUGUUCUCACUAAAAAUUGACAUAAAGGAUCUCGUAAUUCAUUUAAUUCAUUAAAUUUCCCAUUCUUUUAUGUUCUUUAAGCCAUAGGUUACAUGGAAACAAAAUCAUUGUCAGAUAUUAUUCAAUUUUUUGUGAAGUUGUAUAAAAUUAGAAAAAAAAAUAUUUAUAUUUCUUACAUUGUUCUGUUUACUAUUAUUUUUUAAAUAUUGUAAAAUAAUGCAAUAAAUAUAUGUAUAUCUUUAA